AGUAUUGACAUAUACUGUGGGAAAAUAAUAUUGACACAGAAAAAAACGAUAAAAAAUGAUUAAUUUUAAAUAAUUAAAGUUAUUUAAUGAAAUAUCUAUUAUAAGUAUCUAGUUAUUGUAUAUCAUAUAUAUAACUUAUUCAAUCCUCUUAGAAUAUUUAUAUACUAUAAAUAUAUAGCAAUGGAGAAUCCAGAACGUAUAAUAAAAACUGUUAUUCAUGUAGGUACAAAGCAUAUUACCUUUGUUCCAGGAACAAAGGUUGUAUUUCAUUUUAAAACAACAAAAUGUGAUACUAAUAAAACAGUGAUAGAUGACAGUAAAACUAUGGGAUCUCCAAUGGAAUUAAUUUUAGGAAAAAAGUUUAAGCUUGAAGUAUGGGAAAUAAUUGUACAAAAAAUGGCAUUAAAUGAAGUAGCUUGUUUUAAAAUAGAUAAAAGUCUAGUUACUGCAUACCCUUUUGUAUCUAAAACAUUGAGAGAAGUAGGUAAACCACAAUCUGAAAAGCGUAGUCAUCAUUGUUGUGGAGUUACUUUACAAAAUGAAGGAAUUGGGUAUGAAGAUUUAAAUGAACUUAUUAAAUAUCCCCAAGAUUUAGAAUUUACAAUAGAGCUUAUACAAAUAAUAUUACCAAAUGAAUAUGAAAAGGAAACAUGGCAGAUGACAGAGGAUGAAAAACUUAAAAGUGUACCAGAUUUAAAGGAGAAAGGAAAUGUUUUUUUCAGAAAAAAAGAUUAUGAUAGAGCUGCUGAAAUGUAUGCCAAAGCUAUUGGAAUUUUAGAACAGCUUAUGCUUGCGGAAAAACCAAAUGAUGAUGAGUGGUUAACUUUAAAUAAAAUGAAAGUUCCAUUAUUAUUAAAUUAUGCUCAAUGUAAAUUAAUAAAAAAAGAAUAUUAUUCAGUUGUAGAACAUUGUACAACAGUUUUAAAAAUUGAACCAGAUAAUGCAAAAGCUUUAUACAGAAGGGGAAAAGCUUAUAUUGGUACAUGGGAUGAAGAAAAAGCUACCAAAGAUUUGAAAAAAGUUGCAGAAUUAGAUCCUUCCUUGCAGAAUAUGAUUGAUAAAGAAUUACAAGCAUUUUCAACAACCAUAAAAGAAAAGGAUAGAAUACAACAAAAAAAACUCGUACAAAUGUUUAAAUAAUUAAAUACAUAUUAAAUGAUUUUUAUUUAUAUAUAUAUCUUUUUAUAAGAGAACGCACUACUAUUUUGUUUGUUACAGUAAAUUAUGUUUUUUAUUAUAAAAGUAUUUGCUAUACAUAUUGUUGUAUUCGCAAAAAUUACAUAGGAAAAUUACAUAGGAAAAUGAGAUUUGAAGACAGGUUAUGGAGAUCUUACGUAAAGUUGAGUUAAUCUCCAUUUCAGGAAUUAGAAAGUUAUAUAGCUAAAUUUAUUAAAAUUAGGCAAAGUAUUACCGUUACAAAAUGUUCGUGUCUGAUUUAUUUUUUCCCAGCUAACUUUAGUAAUCGUUCGCUUGGAAUCAUUACGAAAUAUUUCAAUGUUCGAAUCGUACAAUGCUUACCCAGAGGCACGUAUUAUCAGUCUUCUUUAAAAUACUAUAUUUAUCAGAAAUAUUGUACUUUGCAUGAUAAAUAUGAUUUGAUAUUUUUUCAUAGUUCGUUCAAGUGAUUACUAAGUGCAAAAAGAAAUGUUAUAGCGCAAUAACAUUAUUUUUUUAAUUUAAAAAAAAAUUUUAAUAUAGAAUCUAUAAUAGAAAAUAAAAUUUCUAUAUUGUUAAUAAAUAAAAAUCGUCGAUUAAUGAUGAAAUCUUGAAAUAACAAUUAACAAUUAAGUAUUUUAAAUAGUUCUAAAUUAUUAUCAAUU